CCGCUCCGAUUAGGUGAGGGAACGUCACACGUCGGACGUGGGGAUUCCGGAGGAUUACCCAGAAUACCCAGCGGGAAGAUGGCUGCCCGGAGGUGAACACCUCACUGUCCGUGUUGCUGCAGAUGCUCUUGAAGGAGGCGGAGCUGUCAUUUCACAAAGAGGCGGAGCUGGAAGGUAUAAUGAGGAUUCCAGCGGCUUGAAUUACUUCGGUGUGUCCGGGGCUUUGGUACAAAGAGCGCAGAUCCCUCUCUGGAGAUGGCAGCAUGCGAGUCUGCAGAGGAGUGUCCCUAUCAGGAGUCCUGAUCAGAAGAGGAUCUUCCAGCUGAUCCCGGGGUCAAGCUCUUGCGAAUCGCUUCUCGUGGAUCCAGAAUGAGCAGCAUUGCCCCUUCCAAGAAGCCGUACCGAAAGGCUCCUCCACAGCACCGAGAGAACCGUCAUGACCCACCUGCAGCACGGGGGGAGGAGUCGCCAGAGCAGCCAAGUAAGGAGCCGUCAACAGAAGGAGAUAGAAUCGGCUUCCUGCAGCUCCAGAAUGAUGAACUCCGCCGACGCUUGGCGUAUGCUACAACGAAGAUGGAGGCCAUGGAGCAUGAACUGGAUGCUGGCCGCCAUUACCUGGAGGUGGAGCUAAGCCGCAACCGGGAGGAACUGGAGAAACUUAAGGACAAGUUUCGGCGGUUACAGAACAGCUACACAGCCUCGCAGAGGACCAAUCAGGACUUGGAGGAGAAGCUGCACACACUGAUAAAGAAAGCAGAGAUGGACCGCAAGACGCUGGACUGGGAGAUUGUGGAACUCACCAAUAAACUUCUGGAUGCAAAAACUACCAUUAAUAGACUGGAAGAGUUAAAUGAGCGAUAUCGCCAGGACUGUAACCUCGCUGUUCAGCUGCUCAAGUGCAACAAAUCUCAUUUCAGGAACCACAAAUUUGCAGAUUUACCGUACAAGCUUCAGGACAUGGUUAGCAAACAUCUGCAAAGCUCUACUUCCUCUCCUGGAUCAGGACAAGAUACCCCUCCACUGGUCCUCUCACAAUCCGAUGUGGUGCCCACUUCUGUGAUUGCACGUGUUUUGGAGAAACCGGAGUCGCUCAUUCUGAAUUCGGCCACGUCCAGCAGCGGUAGCGGUCCUACAGCUGAGGAUGUCUUUGUCCACGUUGAUAUGAGUGGUUCUGGUCAGCAGCAAAAUGGCGUUCUGCAGAAACAGGGGAGCGAGGACAGCGGAGGUGAAGAUGUGGCAACUUUUGAAAAACUAAGUCCCUACCCUACCCCUCCGCCCCCGCACCCCAUGUACCCAGGCCGUAAGGUAAUAGAGUUCUCAGAUGAGAAAGUUCGGAUCCCCAAGAACAGUCCACUACCCAACUGUACCUAUGCCACGCGGCAAGCCAUUUCCCUCAGCCUCGUGCAAGGUGAGAAUGGGAGCCCAGACAGGCAUCGUACCGUACCCAACAGCCCGGCAUCUUCAGGCAGCUACCCGCAGCGUGCACGGAGCGCUGAUAACCCUGCGCGCUCCCCGCUAAGCAGUGCUGCCCCUAGUUCUGCUAGCUCUGAGGAGGACAUGUUGGCCAACUGGCAGAGGAUGUUUGUGGAUAAAGCGGCCCCUACCACAGAUGGGUCCUUGGCCCAUCGCACAUCCUUCAAUCGGGACACCGCCAUUGAGUUACAGCAGAGAUUUAGUCGCUCUAUGCAGGAACUGAGCCUCGCAGCUCAAGUUUUCUCCGAGCGAGAGUCAUCCGGUAACAGCUGGCUCAGCAGCCGGGAGUCUAGCUUGGAUGUGGAGAGCUCCGGCACAAAGAGGGGUCACCUGCCCAAUGAGUAUGGCAAGGACUUCUCUAGGGAGGAGGCGCUGGACCUUCUCUCUGGGGGGAUGGAAGAAGAGGAUGUGGAGGAGCCACCAGUCAUCUCCGAGGACAUAGAGGAAGAACAAGAACUAGAAGAUCAGGUCCAGGAGAUCCACCUAGAACCAGAGCCAGAGACCUUUUUGGAGAAACCUCCGAGCGGCCGCCCACACCGCAGCCCAAAAAGGAUGGGCGUACAUCACCUGCACCGCAAGGAUAGCCUGACACGGGCGCAGGAACAGGGGAACUUAUUGAACUAGAGGUGAAGCUCCGUGUAUGCGGGCCACGUCCUCGCCUUACGUUAUAUGCAGAAGAUCAGGCCUAGAGCUUUGUCACCUUUCUGGGCUUGCUCUGGUCAUCUGUGUGUCUUGCAUCCAUUUCAUGUAUGCACUACUGGAGGUGGGUUUCCCUGGAGGUGUCGUAAGAAGACAGGGCCAUUCAAACAGGAGGAAGUAGGCGUUCUCCUCUGCCAGGUUCUAUUAGGUGGUUCUGCCCCAUAGUUGGAAGGGACCCUAGAGAUAUGGGUGUGUGCUUUGGGGGUGGCAAGGUGAGGCGCUAAUGAGACAAACAGGCAGUGUAUUACACCUGAAUGUGGAUCCUGUGACCACAACG